UCCCAGGGCGGCGCGACACGACGCCGACGGGCGCCGCGCAGGGCGAGCACAACGGCUCCUGCCGCCGUGGUGAUCUGGGCUCUGGGGCUGUGAGCCGCCUAUGCCAGCUUGAAGAGACCGGAUGCUGCUCGGAAGAAGCCAACCGGCCCCGUCAAUGGGCCUCGGGGCGCUCCUUCUGCUCUGCGCUCAUCUGAUGGGCUAUGGACUCGGUGCCGUGCUGACAAAGAGGAUCGUGGCGCGAGCCGGGCACCGGGCGGUCAUCCCCUGCCCCGGACUCUCCGACAACAGCGCCCCUGGCGGUUAUAUCAUCAACAAGCUGAGUUGGCGCUGCCACGGCCGGAAAGGCUGCCCGGUCGCCGACGAGAAGGGCCGCCUGGUCGACUACGAGGCCCGGACCGCGCGAAUCCACGGCAAGGGCUCGCGGCUCGACUUGGACCGCGCCUCCUGGUCGUUGGUCAUCGCGCCGGUGGAGGCCGCCGACAGCGGCCACUACAGCUGCUCCUUCAACAGCCAGGCGGACCGGCACGUCAAGCUGGCCGUGCUCGGUGAGUGGGCGGCUCCGGCGCGGGCCGCCUGGUCGACUACGAGGCCCGGACCGCGCGGAAUCCACGGCAAGGGCUCGCGGCUCGACUUGGACCGCGCCUCCUGGUCGUUGGUCAUCGCGCCGGUGGAGGCCGCCGACAGCGGCCACUACAGCUGCUCCUUCAACAGCCAGGCGGACCGGCACGUCAAGCUGGCCGUGCUCGACGUGCCCAGUCGGCCGGGACGGCCGGUGGUCAUCAAGCACCUGUCGCGGCGCGUGGAGCUGAGCUGGGCGCCGAGCUUCCAGACCAACAACAGUCCCAUCGAGCACUAUCUGAUCCAGACGAGACUUAUCUCAUCGAGCGACUGGAGGCCUACACCAGGUACAAGAUUACACUUCAGGUCAAAAAUCCGGACGGCCUGGGGCCACCAGCCUCCAUCACGGCUGUCACCGACGAGGGGGUGCCCUCCCGGCCUGAGAACGUGACCUUCUCGGACGUGAGUGACCGGAGCCUGACGGUGACCUGGAUCCCGCCGCGGCGGCCACGCGGCCUGCUCCUGGGUCACACAGUGUACUGGGCGGCGCAGGGCGGGCCCACCGGCUCACACCGGCUCACCUCCCCCGACCUGCGGGUAUUCACCGUCGAGCAGCUCGAGCCGGACCAGGAGUACAGGGUGUGGCUGAAGGCGUUUACCCGGGUGGGCGAAGGCAACAGCUCGCUGCCGGUACGGACGCGCACCGAUGUCAGCGGGCCCAGUGCGCCUGUCAUCACCGACAUCAGCUGCCCUUCCGACACCGUGAUCCACCUGCGGUGGCGCCGGCCCGACAUCUUCUACGGGACUGUGGAUCUCUACCACGUGCUCUACCGACACGGGGAGCGGUGGGAUUUCGUGCACCGAAUGGUCCCCAUGAAGAGCGAUCAGAUCCACAAUUCAAUCAACCUGCCGAACCUGACCAGCGGCGAGAUCUACGAGGUGCGGAUCCAGGGCGUCACCCUGUCCAGACUGACGCGUAAUAAGAUCCAUAAAGGUCAACAGUCCGUCUCCAGGAAGGUGCGCCUGGAGCCCGGCUGCGCGGAGAUUCAGCCGUUCAGCACGUGGACGCAGCGGGGCCGGCACGCGCUGGCAGCCGCCGAGCUGGCCGGCAUCCUGGCCGGCUGCCUGGGUGUCAUGGUCAUCGUGAUCGUCACCGUCCUCUGGAGGUGAGUGACGCACGGACAGAUGCAGUAAAGCGCCUGGCGGCCAAAUGAUGAAGCGCUGAAUGUACCUACAUCUGUGGUAUGCAUUUUUAGGACUGCAAUGACGUCCGCUGUGUUUCGUACUCAUGUGCUUUGUCAUCUUACGCCUUCAUAUUCUGGUUGUCCGUGUUUUCUUUGGAGUUUAUGGCGCUCAGUUUUCCGACAUGCUCGCAUUUUUUUUAUUCGAACUUCGGAAGACGGCAGCGUAGAUUUGUGCUUUCUCAAACAUCAAACUGACCAUUUGGUGCUCCUUGGGCUCGUACUUACUGACAGAAAACUGCAUGCUCGCCCCAUCAUUUAGGAGCCGCAUUUUUCUAAUGCCUCAUUUGCUGUGAUAACCCCAUCUAUACACUCAAUGUCUUGAAUGAAAACUAUGUUUUUACAUUAGUUUUUACUUGUGUUGUUCCGUUAACUCUUGUUGCCUCAGUCGUUCUCAACACAGGUAAAGGUUACAGCGCGGAUCAGCUCCUCAGUUUUAUUGCUGGCUUGGUUUGACAGUUAUUGCGAACCUAGCUUUAAGGUGGAUCACUCUGACACAUCUGGCAGGCAGCCUCCACACGUUUGACAGCAAACUGGAAUAGCCGCUUCUGACGCGGGCGGCAAUCAGUGACAGCUCAGCUCUGCACUCCGUGCCUGGCGCAUUGUUCUUGUCCGACGAUCCAAAGCCCUUUGUUCGGCUCCGGGAAUGCUCAUCUCGGUGACAUGAGGUGGUCCUACCAACCAGUCUGGACCAACGACAGGUGUCAAAGCUGUUUUCUGUCUGGAUGUGUUGCAGGUGUCCCAUACGU